UGAAUUUAUCUACAAACAAACACAGCCUUCCCUACCACAUAAGGCUGAACCAUCUUACGCUGUCGCUCGUCUCUCAAUUCCUUCUGGUUUCUUCUCCCUCCAAACUUUUCUUUCCUUUAAUCCGCGGUUUCUUGAAGAAAUUACGAUCAGGGUUUCUUAUGAACCAAGUAAUGAUUAAUCAAUCUGAGUUCCAGUUCUAGGGUUUCGAAUAUUGUUAUCUAGGUAAGGCGAUUUGCUCAUGCGAUCUCUUUGUUGACUAAAACAUACAACGAGCUACCAGAGAUGUACAGCAAUUUCAAGGAACAGGCGAUCGAGUUCGUGAAGCAGGCUGUUCAAGAAGACAAUGCGGGGAAUUAUAGCAAGGCCUUCCCUCUCUACAUGAACGCCCUCGAAUACUUUAAGACACAUCUCAAGUACGAGAAGAACCCUAAGAUCAAGGAGGCUAUCACCCAGAAAUUUACCGAGUAUCUUCGUCGGGCUGAGGAGAUCCGCGCCGUUCUCGACGAUGGUGGCCCAGGUCCUGCAUCUAAUGGAGACGCUGCUGUAGCCACCCGGCCCAAGACUAAGCCCAAGGAUGGCGAUGGAGGAGACGGGGAGGACCCCGAGCAAGCCAAGCUGAGGUCGGGCCUGAACUCAGCGAUUAUCAGGGAGAGGCCCAACGUUAAGUGGAACGACGUAGCUGGACUUGAGAGCGCUAAGCAGGCCUUGCAGGAGGCCGUGAUCUUGCCUGUCAAGUUUCCGCAGUUCUUCACGGGGAAGAGACGGCCAUGGAGAGCUUUUCUGUUGUAUGGACCUCCUGGAACUGGGAAAUCAUAUUUGGCCAAGGCUGUUGCAACCGAAGCGGAGUCUACUUUCUUUAGUGUUUCUUCUUCGGAUUUGGUAUCAAAGUGGAUGGGGGAGAGUGAGAAGCUAGUUUCUAACCUUUUUGAGAUGGCCCGUGAAAGUGCUCCUUCAAUUAUAUUCGUUGAUGAAAUAGAUUCCUUGUGUGGCCAACGCGGAGAAGGCAAUGAAAGUGAAGCUUCUAGACGUAUUAAAACAGAACUUCUUGUGCAGAUGCAGGGUGUAGGAAACAAUGAUCAGAAAGUUCUUGUUCUUGCUGCAACGAAUACGCCGUAUGCUCUUGAUCAGGCUAUCCGGCGGCGUUUCGACAAGCGUAUUUAUAUACCUCUCCCAGAUUUGAAGGCUCGGCAGCAUAUGUUCAAGGUGCAUCUAGGAGAUACUCCUCACAACUUGGCUGAAAGUGAUUUUGAAAGCUUAGCUCGCCGAACAGAGGGGUUUUCGGGUUCUGAUAUUUCUGUUUGUGUAAAGGAUGUCCUCUUUGAACCAGUCCGUAAAACUCAAGAUGCCAUGUUUUUCUUUAAGACUCCGAAUGAUAUGUGGAUGCCAUGCGGGCCAAAGCACGAAGGUGCUGUUCAAAUAUCCAUGCAGGAGCUUGCAGCAAAAGGACUUGCAUCGAAGAUCCUUCCACCCCCAAUUUCAAAAACGGAUUUUGACAAGGUUCUUGCAAGGCAGAAACCAACCGUGAGCAAAACCGAUCUAGAGGUCCAUGAGAGAUUCACAAAGGAGUUUGGAGAGGAAGGUUGAACAUUUUGGUUGAUGAUAACGCAACCGUCAAUACUUGUUGCCAGUUCAACAACUAUGAGUUGUAUUUUAUUUGGCCCUGCUGGAUUCAGUGAAUCGCGUCCUUUUUAUUCAACUUAUUCAAAUGGGGAAGGUGACUUGACUCCCCUUUUUCUGUAUUCAGAAGGAACUUUUAUUUUCAACACUCACUGUAUUGCUUGUUUGAAAUUGUGUAAAGAAGAAUUUGAACAUGAUGAUGCAUAUAUAGCGUGGUACUCGGCUGCUUACAUAAGCCGGCUAUGUAACAAAGCAUGUCCAUUUGAAAGCA